AUGAAGUUCCAAGCCACUCUUGCUGCAACCCUACUGCCUCUGGUCGCCCUCGCUGCUCCUGCCGCUGAGGCUGCUGCUGAGGUUGGCCAGGCUAUUCACCUGGCGGAGGUUCAGUCUGCGCGUCGCGCUACUGGCCUUGAAGAACUGAGCAAGCGCUCCAGCGUCUCGUGCAAAAUCGUUAACACCGAUUCCCCGGAGGUGAACUGCCGCAGCGGACCUGGCACUCAAUAUACGGCUGUUGGCUAUGUCCUCCCUGGCGACACCUAUACAUUCCACUGCUACGAGUCCGGAAGUUGCGUUGAAGACAACUGCACCUGGGACCAGGUUCCUCUAGACAGCGGCGGCUACUGCUAUGUCAGCGGCUACUACACCAGCAGCGCGUGUUCUGCCGCCGCCCUCGGCAAGUGCUGA